CUCUUAGAAAAAAGAAAAAACAAAGAAAACAACGGCACUCUCUCGCUCGUCACCCCAUUUCCCUCAUUUCGUCAACGUCCGUUUCUCCCCCUUUCCCAUCUCCAGUCUCCACUCCCCAAAUUCACACACUCACACACACACACUCUCUCUCUCUCCAAAAAUGGACUCCGACGAGGAAGGCGAGGAGUACCUCUUCAAGGUGGUCAUAAUCGGCGACUCAGCCGUGGGAAAAUCCAACCUCUUAUCACGAUACGCUCGGAACGAGUUCAACUUGCACUCUAAAGCCACAAUCGGGGUGGAGUUCCAGACCCAGAGCAUGGAGAUCGACGGCAAGGAAGUCAAGGCCCAGAUUUGGGACACCGCCGGCCAGGAGAGGUUCCGGGCCGUCACGUCCGCCUACUACCGCGGCGCCGUCGGAGCCCUGAUCGUGUACGACAUCAGCCGGAGGACUACGUUCGAGAGCGUCGAGCGGUGGCUCGAGGAGCUCAAAACUCAUUCUGAUACGACGGUUGCAAGGAUGUUAGUGGGGAACAAAUGCGAUCUAGAAAACAUCAGGGAUAUAAGUGUAGAUGAAGGCAAAAGCCUUGCAGAAGCCGAAGGAUUGUUCUUUAUGGAGACAUCCGCCCUGGAUUCCACCAACGUUCAGAAGGCUUUUGAGAUCGUUAUAAAGGAGAUCUAUAACAAUGUCAGCCGAAAAGUUUUGAAUUCCGAUUCGUACAAAGCUGAGUUAUCUGUAAACAGGGUAAGCCUUGUGAAAGAUGACUCCCAUGGAUCAAAACAAGCGUCGUCGUGUUGUUCAAUAUGAGACCUCAUCUGCCAAGGAAUUCAUCGAUGUGGCUGAUUUGCUCUCCACCCUUUUGUUUUGUGACUGGUUCUUUAUUCACCAGACAAAACAAUAGAGAUUUUCUACUUUACGAAUUCAUUUUUUUUGGUGGUUUGAUCUGUAAUAAACCUAUAUUUAUGUACCUUAUAGACAUAGUGAAGCUUACAAGUAUUUCUUUCUUUUUUUUCUUUUUUUGUCCAUUUUCUUGCAAAGGAUCAUGUGAUCCAGUGCGUGGAAAAAUUUGUGAAACCUUCUCAUGUACCAUUACUGUUCAAUGCUUGCUUUUAUAUAUUUGUCCAAUUUGUUUUGACUUUUUCA